AUGUCGCCCUCGGCCGAGUCUGUUGAUCUCCCCAGCCGCUCUCCUGUCAGCCGUGACUGGACGGAAAGUAACGCGGAGAGGUAUUGUUUUGAAAGAAUUUGGCAUGCGGUCGGCUCAGAGUGAGAUGAGGAUCAUUUUCCCCUAAGAGGCAUGCAUGUGGACUGGAGCACCUGCCUUUCGUGAAAGCUUGGCGGCCGCAUGGCUUCAGUCAUUCUUUUUCGAGUGUGGACACGACAGGCCGGGACGAGUUCUCACGAAUCUACGGCAUAAUUUCUGAGGAGAUCAAAAAGAUGGAAUUUGAAAACUGGAUUAUCUCAUAGAAAGAACACUAGGAGCAAUGGGGGCCGCGCUGAGGAGCGUAACCCCUUGCGACUGAGUCAUGCAGCGACAGAAUAUCAGAGAAACACGUGUCUAGGCUUUUAACUGGUACCUGUGCUGCCAGUAUGGUGUCGUGCAACGUGUGUAAAAUUGCUUUAAUCGUGGCUUUAUGCAUACCAGAUUCAAGAUUGUCUGUUGCCGCAGGCCUAUCAUAGACACAUUUACGGAAAUGGGUUUAAGUAGAUAACUUUGCCGACCAGACGGAUGCUGUGAUUUUGGUCUUGCGAAUUUUCCUUAUGUACUGUUUUAAUGCGAGGUCAAUGGAAUUCACAAACAUGCGAACAGAUUCCAUUCCUAAGGCACUGGUUCAUAAAAGUACCUGCUUCAAAGCUAGAGAUAGGAUCUAUGCCCCCUUGGUAGCAUACAAUGAAAUCCCAUUAUGUGUGUUGUUUCAAACUUCUCCAUUUGAAUCCCCAGGGAGAGUGAAGCAGCUAUACAGAAAUUUUAUAAUCGUUUGCAUCAUGCCAUAUAGAUCAAUAAUUUCGUAACUUCCCCCUGCUGCCUGGUCCAGGCUUCGUUGUUUUGCUGAACCACCACAUUUAUAUGUGUACUUCAAAUUUCGCUUUGUUCUGGCGAUUUAGUAUCAUUAUUCGCUCAACGUGCAUUAGUGGUUUAGGAAUGUAGAUCGUCACCGGUUCCGUCGAAUGACGACAGCAUGAUAAACUUGAGUGCGAAAGUUAGCUUGCAGAUCCCCUUUAAAAACACGGGUCAAUCAGUAUACUUUCAUGGCCUUCUAACAGUAUGGAGAAUGGAAUUAUAAAAAAUAGAUAAUAAAAACACUGCAAACUCGACGAUAUAUUGGAGAAAGCACAUUAUGAUAGAUGCUGAUCAUCUAAUUCGCAUCAUCAGUUUGACAGUAGUUUGAAAUCCUCCAUGUUCAUUCUCUCAAUCUUCUAUAACAACUUAAGACCACACCAAAGGAACACAUACUUAUAGGUAAAAGAAUACCACCUUGUCCCGGAGAAGGACCUCAUGUAGAAAUCUUUAAUCGAGUCGUUAUGCUUGCGCGGACAACAUACGCCUUUGAGAUGUAUCCAUGGAAAAACAGGCGAUCAUGCUUACGGACUCUCCUCCAAUGUAGGUCAUAAGAGAUGCCGACAGGAAUCAUCGCUUCGACAGCAGGGACUCUGAUGAAAAGAUCCGACUGGUUAUUGAUGCCAGGGUUCCUUUUGAAAUAGAACUCUGACCUCCGCGGUUAACGCUGUGAAAACAUUCAAAGACAUGGAAUGUAUGACUAGAACUGUUCGAAACCUCGGGCACGUUUCAGCUGAUAGCAACACGAGGGCGUGGGACUAUGUUAGAAUCAAUGGUCUAGAAAGCUCCUAGUUGCAGCGGCAUGAAAUUCCUAAGUUUCGACGGAAGCAUCAUUGCUAAACACGAUGCGUGAUUCGAAGGAAUGCUUUGACCGAAAUCAAAAAUCCUCAGGCUGUGCCACGACAGGGAUUGGCCAUUUUGAGCAUACCUCAAAACCCCAAUGUGCCUGGCACUGUACGCAUUGUCUGGUUUGGGGAUUUAUGGUACUAUAAUAAAACUUAAGAGUAGAAAUUAACCGGCAGCUAUCGUCUCCUUAGGGAGGUCCACAACCGCUCUGUGAUAAAUCUCCUGGAGUGGUGUUCACUGAUGGAACCUUCAUGGUUAUAGGACGGUCUACAUGGGUUGUUUUGCCCCGAAGUCCCAGCACGGAGCCCUCGCGCACAUUUUCUACGAAUUAUAUUUCAGUUCAUAGGUGCAUCGGAAAUCAACGGAAGCGAAUCAUGCGGCUUAGGUAGUCACUUUUGUCGAGUGCUGAUUUUGCAGGCGGCCGGAAAGAGGAGCAUUUAACGACCGGCAUCCUAGUGUGACUGAAACAUCUUUAGGACUAUCCUGCAGGAUAAGCAAUUUUACAACACCACAUAAGUACUUCGUCCUAGUCGAAAACACAUUUCAGAAUUUCCGUUAAUCUUUCAUGAGAUAGAUCACUUACCAUAUGUUGGCCCACUAAAAGUCGACAACGCAAAGUAGUCUAGUUUGAUCGUUGGUUGGUGCUCAUUUGUGUACUGCCUCCUUGUCCUCUGUCAACCAGCCUUCAUUAUCCUCUAUUUUUCCCAUUCGAUACUGUUUUAUUGGUUGCGAUUCAAAGUCCACAUUUUUCUUCAAAAGUCUGCAUUAAAAUAUCAUGAGACCCAUUUACGGUAAAACUUAUCAUUCCACGAGGUCUCCUAAAAAAAUCUGUUUUCGUCCUUGGUAUAUUUUGAACUUAAAAUGAGAACAACAACAAGCGUUCACCGUCUUUAAACGUUACAAGAAACCGGAUUUUUAUGAGCUUUUAUUAAUAGGUCGUUUGUCGUCAAGGUAGUAAGAAUGUAUUCGAAACACCAGGAGGUUUCGGUUUCCAUUUUACUUGCUAGCAGUGCUGAAGAUGUGGCGCAACCAGUAACCAUCGGUUAGUGCGCUCUUCCAAAACAUUUAUGUUUAAUAGGACAGUGGUCAGACUGACUUUCUAAGGUGAAUUUACUGAAGUUGUACGUCCCUGCAUUCUUUUGUCCCAAAACAGUGGAACUACUGCGUAUAUUUCCACCCCUUUAGUCGGAUCAUUCAGUUUUUUCUUAAGUUACCCACCAAGCUCACACUCUUUCCCCAUACAACCAGCUGUAUGUUUGUGUAUCAUACAUACUGAUAAUUUUCGCAGGCAGAAAACAUGUUGGCCGUGGUUCAGUAACGUGGGCGUUUUAUCUAUACGAAUUACCAGUCUUCAUCCGCGGAGAGUCCUAAAAUACAUAAAGGCUACAUUAUUUGUCGUUUAAGGCGGUCAUUCGUCUGCAUCUCUGUUUAGGCAUUAAUUUGUUUUCCGCUGACCACCUUUUUGCACUGAUGACGCAUGCGAGAAGCCUCAUGGCCUGAAAGCCUAGCACUCAUUUUUCAUUUCAGAACAGUCUUUUUAUCUAGACGUAGCACUGAUAAAGACAAGAGGGACUGAAAUAACUCCUUUGGGUCUAGUAGCCGUUACCAGCCAGUCAUACCCCCAAUCCCAGGCGGGGAUGACUCCAGGUCCGAAUCGGGAUAAAGGCUCCACCUGUCUGGCCAUAGACUCGCCCUGACCACUGUAUUUGGAAGUACUUUAAAGUCGCAUGGAAAUGGCGCUCACCUAUCCAUACUGACUGGACAUUACCAAUUUGCUUCCUAACUCCGGCUCUGCGAUGAGGAAAUAAAGGCGGCAGCUCCUCCACCUUAACACGUUUUUUUUCUGAAUCAGAGCAUUUUGCUUCUUUAGGCCAUAUAGACAGAGCCCGCCCCAAUAGGUAGUCAGUUCUAUAUGUGGAAGCUGGAACUUCUGAAACCAACUUAAAAUGAGUUGGAAAAUAAAAAACCGAAUACGGGUGCACCUCGAUCCCACAAUCAGGAUUUGCAUUGAGACUUAACAUGCCGUCAUAAAUAGUAGCGUCGAGUUACUGCGAAGACCGCGACAUCUUCAGGUCAGUUAUUGACUUUGUAAUUCUAUCCGCGCAACCGAUACGAGUAAGGAGUUGACUACUGUUAUUUAGAACACGAGAGAUCACUGUCAACCAGCUGUUUCACCCCGAAGCUCACGCUACGACACCUCAAGUAAAAAGACAGCGGUCGAGUGGGACAGGCUAAGCGUAGUGAGCACAUCUGGUUCAGAAGAGGCUGGGUGGAUUUGACCAGCAAACUCUCGGGGUAAAAAUUGGGUAAGGGCGUGACGAGAAUUUUCUCGAGUCAGAAGGAGAGUAAGAAACAGCCCUGCUAGCACAUGGCCCGUCCUGAGGGCGGGGUCAAACGGUGAUGGAUAGGGCCAUGUCCCAAUCCGAGAGAUUAUUCGCCCUUUUUUUACAAUAUAAUCGACUAGUGGAACUAUAAGUUUCUACGGUAAAUUUAGCACGAGUACGGGCCUCGUUUAGGUCAAGUCGCAGGAGCAAGUCUACAAGUAACCUAUUUUCCCUAAUUUAUUUUGGGUGGCGGAGUGGAUAAGGCCGCCACACAACGCCUCAAAGUUUUUGGGAAAAGCCAUCAUGACUGGAAACCUCACCUCCGUUUAGGAACUUUCCGGCAGAAUAUCCAGACAGCUGAUGGGCAGAGAAAAGCGGAAAACCGGUGACAAAUAAAUUAAUGCCGUGAAAAAAACAUGCAAUUUAUAUAUGCUCGAUGCAGAGUUCUAACUAGCGUGGGUAAGGAUCACUUAGGUGGUUGCGCCACCACCGACAGGACACGAGGAUAGGAACGCCCUCCCCGUAACACGGGUGACCUUGAGCCAAAUUCCAGGGCAUUUACCCAUACAGAAAGCGCGACCCUAACCUUAACCCAACCCUACCCUUAACCCUGAUUUCCUUGAAGUUUAGCGCAAAGUCAUUAUUUUUGGAGAAGGGGUCCUAUUACCGUGUCCGGUCGGGGAGGGGGGGUAUAUAAGCAAACAUUUCCCUGGCAUGUAUGUAUCUCAAGCAUUGCUAUUUCAUCUGCAAAACAUCAUGCUAAGCAAGUUUUUUUAGCUUCGGACGCUGCUGCGGAUGGUUUUAGAGAUGGUUACGAAACUCGCGUCCAAGUUAGAACUUUAGCAAUACUCGAUGAGCAUGUGAUAAGAGUUGCCUCGGAUUGCGUAUGGAAGUUUUAGUCGUACAGAUUUGCGUCUGAGCCUUCAACAUAACCGAUAUCAUUCUGGACGUACCAUGAAGCAACACCACUGCCCGUUGGAAGCACGCCUCACUUGCUGACGAGUAACUUACCGAAUGACAUUUGCGAUCCUAACCUCAACUUCAUCCAAAGAACUUAGCUUCCUUUGGUUAACAAGAGUUUUCUCUGAUCCCACACGUUGUUGCUCUGUGGUGACAGGUAAGAUGAGUGGUGGCAGAGGGAUCGGUCCAUCUCCACCGGUCCGCACGCUUUAAAGGCGUCGCUAAAAAGUUCAGAAUGAGAUAAUUAGACCCUUGGAUUCACGUUAGUAUGUUCAUCCAGUUUCGCUCUUUAAAUUGAACACACCGCCACUUGAGAAUUGUUUCACUCACCAUUUGCGUGCCGCACGGACUCCAUUGAAGUGUUUCGUGUAAUUCGGUCACAGCCCCUGGUCUCCCAGACCAUAGUUCGUACUCCAGCAUCCAGAAUGUAUAUUUUUUUAUCCUUGUGGAUUUCGUGGGUAGUGCGCUUUUCUUGCAAUAGGCUGUUGUGGACUUAACCUCUACAGUUUAUGACUUUUAUUCUUUUGCCGGCACUUACAGUAACUUAAGAGACUUCAAAUCAAAAUUUACUGACCGAGUUUGUCUUGCCUCUAACGGUUCAGGUGUAUCUCGCGUAGGUUGAUAGUUCGACCACUGUGCCCGACGAUGUCCUCUGUGUACUCCAUUGCAAGGUGAAGCAGACACGGUGACUUGCGCGUGAGUUAGUUUAUAAUAAGUGUAGACUUGCGCAGAAUCUACCGCACUCUCUCCUCCCCACUUGGGCCGGUGUCAAGACAUGGUCAAGAAGACCGGAGGUGAGAGGGGGGGCGCAGGUGGCUGGCACGGCCGGGCCCGUGCCUCGGCGUAGCACCACACCCCCUGGUCCACAACAAACACUCGAUCAGGAUUUUCAACAAUAGCCGCACAACGGGUCAAAAAGACGAGGAUAGCUGGGUAGCCAUGUUCAAGACCUGUAUGUUUAGCAGGACUGCAGGUGCAUUUACUGGCAAAGAACCAGCUGUCAAAGAACUGCUAGGGCACACCAGGCUGCGAGGGCCACGGUUUAAUGAGUAAUGACACAGCAGACGCUCACAAAUUCUAAGGGUUACAAAGAUUACUACGGUCGGGGUUUCAUGCCAAGCUCUUUGAUGCGUUUGGCGAGCUUUUCCUACUGGUGGGUUUGAGGUCCCGGCAAACUCAUUAGUUGACCGAAUGAGCGCUUCUAUAUCGUAUCCUAGGUACUCAACUGUCAUAGGUGGCUCCAUGAAACCAAGUCCUGCACAGCGACUACAUCACACCAGUCAUCCCUGACUAGGGACAGACUGACUUUGCUUGUCCUGGGAACCUGGAUUACUCAUUAAAUAGCCAACCGAUCGGAAGGGGGGGAUAGUCCUGGUUGCCUGCAAACUGGCUCGACGUCACAUCUCUCAGCGAGGCCGGUUUCUCCGAACAAGAACAACCGAAGGAAAUGGACUUCUUACAAUUUGCAGGACAUCAACGAUCGUCCCAUGACGACGAGGUCCUGACUCCGCAGGGAGCACUUUGCCACAACCAGCAGUAUGAACACCUCCCAGACGAAAGGCCUCAAUUGCGUGAAGGGCAAGUUCUACGAAGACCUGAACGCAUUCCUCACGUCUGCGCCGAAGGCGGAGUAACUGAUUAUCCACGGUGACUUCAGGUGCCUACGCAGGCAAAGAUCGAGCUAUCUAGAAGUGAGCGCCAGGCGAGCGUGGAGUGGCCAUCUACAAAGACGACUUGUUCCCUCUGCUACAGGCACGUACAGAACACAGUCUUCUCAUCAUCAACACCGUAUUCUGCCUUCCGAACGGGGAUGACAACGCGGGCACAUUCUCGCUCACGUAACCGGUACCCGUUAGACUAUGUGCUCGUUAUGAAACGAAAUUAGUGCGGUCUACUGGUCAGAACGGCAAGGUUUGACGCGGAAUGCUUAACAGGGUUGCCGCCUUCUCGUCUCGAAGACGAGACUGCAAUUCCCCCCCCCCCGCCGAUGGCCUCACCGUAAAUGGGCAUCAAGGAAAUUAAGUACUUAAAUGUUGGAUAGGGAGGAGCAGAAACUGGAAGUUAGAAGUAAAAUAAAGAUCAGUCUGAAGCAAAUGCAAGAUCCCGGAACAGAAUUAUUUUGGGAGAGAAUGGUAAAAGCAGCGAGACAUCACCCACAUCCCCGCCUGGAAGUUUUGGGGUUCGCAGGUUGGCAAAACCAAAGCCCGCUUGACAACGAAGGAAAAGUCUGGCGCCUCCUCCCCGAGGAAAGUAUGUCACACAAGACACGAGCACCACCACCACCAUCCCUACCACUGUUACCACUACUACUAAUUACCAUUACUACAACUACUGCUACUACUACUACUACUACUACUACUACUACUACUACUACUACUACUACCACUACUACUACUACUACUACUACUACUACUACUACUACUACUACUACUACUACUACUACUACUACUACCACUACUAA